GCCAUGUUGUUGAGGUCCUCCGCGCGCAUGUCCGUUUGUGAGCGGCAGGCUGGAGGUUUUGGGGGGGGGUUGGGGAACGGGGUUAGAGCUCUAGCUCCCGGUUUGUGUUUCACUGGGGGGGUGCCUAGGCCCAGAGACCUUCCCCACCUCCUCGGGCCUCACUGUUACUCCGUGGUGAACGUCAGCUGUUUGACUCAAGGAGACUUCACUGUUCCGACGUGUGAGCAUGGCUGAAAACCAACCCAUGGCACCAGUGUCAGAGGGGGGGAUGGACAUGGAUCAGGUGGAAUAUACGCUGCGUAAGAGGCUGCCGCGCAAACUCCCGAAACGCAAGAACGACAUCUACGUCAACAUGAAGACGGACUUCAAGGCGCAGCUGGCCCGCUGUCAGAAGAUGCUGGACAGUGGCUGCUUCAGUGAGAUCUGCAUCCAUGGCCUGGGGCUCGCCAUCAACCGCGCCAUCAACAUCGCCCUGCAGCUUCAGGGGGGCAGCUUUGGGAGUCUGCAGAUUGCGGCCAACACCUCGACCGUCGAGCUGGUGGACGACCUGGAGCCGGAAGUGGACGAGGGUGAGCCCCUCACCCGCACCAGAAACAACUCUGCCAUUCACAUCAAGGUCUUCCACACGCUUCCUAAGUAGCAGGCCGUGGCUCUGUGUGUUUACAAUAGGCGGAGGAUUGGGACAAAUAUCUCUGGAGAAACUCGCUCGUGUAUUCAAAACCAUCAAAAUAUUUCUUGGAUGCUAAGCAAAGGACUGCUCUUUUUAUUUGCAAUGUUUUCGGAUAAAAUAAUUUUAUUUGGAGUGAAAUUAAUUCGAGUUAUGAAUUCAGUACAUGUGCUGUGAUUUUGUUUGAAUUGUGUGUAGAAGGUAUUAAGACCACAAUCUCACCAUGGAAACAGGAGGAACUGUUAUGCUGAAGGGCAUUUACCAACCUUGUAAUCACUCCCAAGUAUUUAUUUUAAACUCUUAUUUAUUGGACUAGUGGACAGUUGCUCCUGAUGUCUCCCAUUUACUCGUGUUACUUCUCGACUCUCAAGCAGAGCCAAUGCAUUUCCCGUACCUGCCAAUGUAUUUCCGUUGGCUCCUCGGUCCCCAAGUCUGAAUGUUUAUCCUAGCCUCGCUCCAGAGCGAAACUGACACCCCACUGCGGUACUGUGGGUGACCCACAUUAGUAUAGGUCCUGCAGCUUUCACAAGGUGUGAAACAGAGGCCCCCUUUGAGCUGAUGUUAAAAAUCCCAGGGAUACUAUUUGAACAAGAGUGCUGUGUAGCAGGGAGGUGGGGGAAGAGUAGUCCUGGGCCUCUCCGAGUCAACAAUUACCACUCAAUGCCGCUGAAAUGGAUAAUCCUGUCAUCAUCGUGUUGCUGUCUGUGGGAGCUUGCUGUGCACUACUUAUGUGUCAUAAAUUACAAACAAGACUAAUUGGCUGUAAAGCACUUAAGGAUAUUCUAUGCUUGUGAUGUUGUAUAUCUCCUUAGUGCUCUGAAUAUAAAGCAAGUUUGGACAUU